UACCUAUCCCCUGGUUGAAUCCUUGUGGGCUGCCUGAAGUGUGAAGUCAUGGUAACGGCUCCAAGCCUCCCGACCUCAGUCUGCCUCAGCGCUGGUAGCUGUCACUCCCCUGGGUGGGACAUAGCUAUUCUUUGUCAGUGACAUAAUAGCAGAGAUCUUGGAGCCUGCAGGGCUUACUGCUAGGUAGGACUGCACGGUAACUCAGAGCUCCAGUGUGAAUGAAGAAUCUGUGAUACUGUAGAUAGGAGAGCCCUGGACUAGCAUUCCUGCAGCUGCAUCCAUGGACACUAUAAAGAAUGGGGGAUCUCAGCCUGUCUACAGUCGCUGGUCAUACAGACCCUCAAGCUCUGCCAGCUUCUCCUCUAACACAACAGCAAGUGGCAUUGAAGAUGACAGCGCCAGCCUUAUGCAACAGAAGCUGGAAAAACAGAGGGCACUACUGGAGCAGAAGCAGCGGAGGAAGCGUCAGGAGCCUCUGAUGGUGCAGCCCAACACAGAGGUUCGGCCCCGGCGCUCCAGGACACGGCGUGGUGAGGAACAGGCCCCUCUGGUCGAGUCUCAAGUCAGCAUCACCAACGAUGUCAUCAUGGAUGGAAUCGAUGGCCCGGCGGCUUUCUUGGGUUCAGAAGCCCCUGAUCUUGGAAUGAAAAUCCUGUCAGUGACCCAGUCCAAGUCCCAGUCCCAGUCCCAGUCUCAGUUCCAGCCCCAGUCCCAGUCUCAGUCCCAGUUCCAGUCGCAGCUACAGCCUCAGCCUCAGCCCCUGUCCCCUGCUGCUGAGGAGCCCGAGAGAGAUGGAGACACAGAGUCGCUGCUAGAGCCCAAGACAGAUAUCCAUGAAUUACUGCAGAAACAAGGUCUGUCUGGCAGCAUGAACUUUGAUGAAUCCAGCGAGCACGAGGACGACGCGGAGGAAGAUCGAGUGCGUUCUCUGUCCCCGAACGCAGACACCACCAGACCUUCCUCUGCUGCCAGCGGCAAGGACGAGGCGGUAACCCCCGGAUCACCCACAGCAGAGGGCUCACUAGGGGACGUGGCAAAUCUAGAGGAGUUCGUCCUGCGUCCGGCUCCACGUGGCGUCACCGUUAAAUGUCGAAUCACCCGGGACAAGAAGGGCAUGGACCGCGGCCUCUACCCCACCUACUUCAUGCACAUGGAGCGAGAGGAUGGCAAGAGGGUGUUUUUGCUGGCGGGGAGGAAGAGGAAGAAAAGUAAGACGUCCAACUACCUGAUUUCAGUGGAUGCCACUGAUCUGUCUCGAGAGGGGGAGAGCUUCAUAGGUAAACUGAGGUCCAACCUCAUGGGCACCAAAUUCACAGUUUAUGACAACGGCACCAAUCCCUGCAAAAACCCCGGGACCCUGCUGGAGGAGAGCAACACACGGCAGGAGCUAGCCGCCGUCUGCUACGAAACCAACGUGCUGGGAUUCAAAGGCCCACGGAAGAUGACUGUAAUCAUCCCGGGCAUGAACAUGAACUUUGAACGAGUCCCCGUAAGGCCUCAAAAUGAGCAGGAGAGCCUGCUGAGCAGGUGGCAGAAUCACUCGCUGGACAACCUGAUCGAGCUGCACAACAAGGCGCCGGUGUGGAACGACGACACCCAGUCGUACGUGCUCAACUUCCACGGCCGCGUCACUCAAGCAUCAGUCAAAAACUUUCAGAUAGUUCACGACAACGACCCUGACUACAUCGUCAUGCAGUUUGGCAGAGUAGCUGAAGACAUCUUCACUCUGGACUUCAACUACCCCAUGUGCGCUCUCCAAGCCUUCGCCAUCGGCCUGUCCAGCUUCGACAGUAAGCUGGCCUGUGAGUGAACCGCCCAUCAAACUUCCACACCACCGCCACCUUUCCUUUCCUCCCCCCGAAUCUCUUCUCACGGGACCGCCUGGAGGCCGACAGCUACACCGCUCACAUCACCCGGAGAACCCAGUUCACCCAGAAGUCAAGACACGAAGACUGAAAAUAAGAGCGAGAGGAUCUGAGAUGUUGGCGCUCUGUCGGCCGAACCAACACGCCUCGAUCCCUGAACGGAUUCCUUAUUUUUUUCACUUUAGUGUGGUUAUUUCAAUAUCAGUUUUUGUACCGUGUGUGUGUGUACAAAUGUAAACAACCUAAAAAGGGAAAAAAGAAAAUCACACCAUUCUCAUCUGUGCUGGAGACUCUUUAUCAGACAUCUGGUGCAGAACUGAUGUUAAAUUUAUCACUUAGUCAUUGUUUAAAGGGCGGUGAUG